AUGCCUUCAGUCAACGUCGCAGUAAUCGGAGCUGGUGUUGUUGGUAAGUCUUUCCUUGCCCAACUUGCAGCUUUGAAAUCAAAGUCAAUCACUUACAAUCUUAUUUUCCUAUCUACUUCCAGGAAAGCUUUAAUCUCUAGUGACUACAAACCAUUAGACAUUGCAAAUGCUCUGGACUUGCUGAAAACCUCUUCACAACCAUCUUUGUCCAUAGCAGAUCUAAUUGCAUACUUGAAGGAAUCUCCUUUGCCAGUCAUUCUAGUUGAUAACACCUCAAAUGAAGAUUUAGCCAAGUCUUACCCUCAAUUCGUUGAAAAUGGCAUUUCUAUUGCAACACCAAACAAAAAAGCAUUUUCGGGAUCCUUCAAGCUAUGGAAUGAAAUUUUUAACAACUCUGGUUCAGGCUUAGUUUACCAUGAAGCAUCUGUUGGCGCAGGUCUUCCAUUGAUCUCUCCGUUAAAGGAAAUGGUUGAAACAGGCGAUAAAGUUGUUCAGAUCGAAGGUAUUUUCAGUGGCACUUUAUCAUACAUUUUCAAUGAAUUCUCUACCAUUCAACCUAACACCGCUAAGUUUUCCCAGAUUGUUUCUGUUGCAAAGGAAUUGGGUUACACUGAGCCUGAUCCAAGAGACGAUUUAAAUGGUUUAGAUGUUGCUCGUAAGGUUACCAUUUUAGCAAGAAUUUCCGGGUUACCAAUCGAGAAUUCUACAUCCUUUCCAAUUCACUCUUUAAUUCCAAAGGAAUUAGAAUCUGUUGAAUCUGCCGCAGAAUAUAUGGAAAAACUUCCAAACUUUGAUGCAGAAAUGGAUGCAUUAAAAUCUGAAGCUGCUAAGGAAAACAAAGUUCUAAGAUUUAUUGGUAAAAUUGAUGUUCCAAACAACAAGGUUUCUGUUGAAAUUGCAAAAUUUGACUUUUCCCAUCCUUUUGCAUCUCUAAAGGGUUCUGACAAUGUCAUCUCCAUCAAGACUGACAGAUAUCCAAACCCACUGAUUAUUCAAGGUGCGGGUGCAGGUGCAGAUGUUACUGCAAUGGGUGUCUUGGGUGAUGUCAUCAAGAUCGCCCAAAGGAUUGCAAAAUAA